CCAGUCUGAGCGGCGAUGGCGGCGGCGGCGGCGGCGGCAGCAGCAGCGGGGGCUGCGGGCGGUCGGGGCUCCGGGCCGGGGCGGCGGCGCCAUCUUGUGCCCGGGGCCGGUGGGGAGGCCGGGGAGGGGGCCCCGGGGGGCGCAGGGGACUACGGGAACGGCUUGGAGUCUGAGGAACUGGAGCCUGAGGAGCUGCUGCUGGAGCCCGAGCCGGAGCCCGAGCCCGAAGAGGAGCCGCCCCGGCCCCGCGCCCCCCCGGGAGCUCCGGGCCCUGGGCCUGGCUCGGGAGCCCCCGGCAACCAGGAGGAGGAGGAGGAGUCGGGACUGGUCGAGGGUGACCCGGGGGACGGCGCCAUUGAGGACCCGGAGCUGGAAGCGAUCAAAGCUCGAGUUAGGGAGAUGGAGGAAGAAGCUGAGAAGCUAAAGGAGCUACAGAACGAGGUAGAGAAGCAGAUGAAUAUGAGUCCACCUCCGGGCAAUGCUGGCCCAGUGAUCAUGUCCAUUGAGGAGAAGAUGGAGGCUGAUGCCCGUUCCAUCUAUGUUGGCAAUGUGGACUAUGGUGCAACAGCAGAAGAGCUAGAAGCACACUUUCAUGGCUGUGGUUCAGUCAACCGCGUUACUAUACUCUGUGACAAAUUUAGUGGCCAUCCUAAAGGGUUUGCGUAUAUAGAGUUCUCAGACAAAGAGUCAGUGAGGACUUCCCUGGCCUUAGAUGAAUCCUUAUUUAGAGGAAGACAGAUCAAGGUGAUCCCUAAACGAACCAACAGACCAGGCAUCAGCACAACAGACCGAGGCUUCCCACGAGCCCGAUACCGUGCCCGAACCACCAACUACAACAGUUCCCGCUCUCGAUUCUACAGUGGUUUUAACAGCAGGCCCCGGGGUCGCGUCUACAGGGGCCGGGCUAGAGCGACAUCAUGGUAUUCCCCUUACUAAAAAAAAGUGUGUAUUAGGAGGAGAGAGAGGAAAAAAAGAGGAAAGAAGGAAAAAAAAAAAGAAUUAAAAAAAAAAAAAAGAAAAACAGAAGAUGACCUUGAUGGAAAAAAAAAAAAUAUUUUUUAAAAAAAAGAUAUACUGUGGAAGGGGGGAUAAUCCCAUAACUAACUGCUGAGGAGGGACCGGCUUUGGGGAGUAGGGGAAGGCCCAGGGAGUGGGGCAGGGGGCUGCUCAUUCACUCUGGGGAUUCGCCAUGGACACGUCUCAAUCGCGCAAGCUGCUCCCCUGUUUCCCUGUUUCCCUUUGCCCCCUUGGGGGCUGCUCAAGGGUAGGUGGGCAUGGGUGGUAGGAGGGGUUUUUUUACCCAGGGCUCUGGAAGGACACCAAACUGUUCUGCUUGUUACCUUCCCUCCAUCUUCCUCACUUUCACAGUCCCCUCCUGCCUGCUCCUGUCCUGCCAGGUCUACCACCCACCCUGCCCCUCUUUUCUGGCUCCCUGCCCCUCCAGAUUGCCUGGUGAUCUAUUUUGUUUCCUUUUGUGUUUCUUUUUCUGUUUUGAGUGUCUUUCUUUGCAGGUUUCUGUAGCCGGAAGAUCUCCGUUCCGCUCCCAGCGGCUCCAGUGUAAAUUCCCCUUCCCCUUGGGGAAUGCACUACCUUGUUUUGGGGGGUUUUGGGGUGUUUUUUGUUUUUCAGUUUUUGUUUUGUUUUGUUUUUCUUUGCCUUUUUUUUCCCUUUUAUUUGGAGGGUAUGGGAGGAAGUGGGAACAGGGAGGUGGGAGGUGGAUUUUGUUUAUUUUUUUAGCUCAUUUCCAGGGGGUGGGAGUUUUUUUUUUAAUAUGUGUCAUGAAUAAAGUUGUUUUUGAAAAUAAAAAA